AUGAGUCUGCCCAGUCCAAACAGGUUUGAGCAGCUGGUCGCGAAGCAGCUCGAGGCGCUCAAGGAGCGCGGCAUGUCGCCACAGGCGGCUCGCCUCACGCUCAAGACCUGGGCCGAGCUCGGGGCAAAGAAUGAGAAGGAGCUGAAGGACCUCCUCCUGAAGAGGUCCCUCAAGCCCGUGUCCACGCUCGGGGCACAGCUGCUGCUGGACGUCGUGUGCUCCACCGGCGCCUUCACAAUCGGCAGCGGCCUCGGGCAGGCGGGCCUGCCGGCUUGGGGAAUAGCCCUGCAGAUCCUCGCCUACUUUGCAGGCUGCUGGUACGCCAUCCAGGCGCUGGCGGAGGCGGGCGCCCUGGGGGCGGUGGUGGUCACCGCCCGCAAGUACUCCACGGACGGAGACGCGAUAUUGGCAGCCGUGCAGCAGCUGGCGGGCCCCGCCUCAGGCAUCGGGUUUGUGGAUUCGACCAAGCUGGCGGUGAACACCCUGAGGCUGGUGUCGAUCCUGCAGGGCAUUGGGGAGGACCUCAAGGUGGGAAGCCGGCGGGAAGCUGGGGUGCAGCUGUGUGGAACCUGGGGGCAGGGCCGGGGCUGA